AUGUUUUUGAAACGGUUCCAAGCCUCUUCAAAUGAUUCUGACUCGAUCUGGUUGAAUAUUGAGAUGUCAUGCCGCAUUUUAGCUACCUUUGCUGGUGAGAAGAACUUGGUGCAGAACUUGUGGGCUAGCUCAUUCCAAGUGGUGAUGCUUGCGACUGGGAGUGAAUCUAGCCAUUCAAGUGCUUUAUCCCUCAAGUAUGUAAAAACACACUUAUCAGUUGGGGACGUGAUAAAUACUGUUGGAGCAUCUUCCAAAUGUUGUGAUCUUCUUCGAGAAAAACAGUUAGAUUUUAUUGUUGAGGCAUUGGAAAAAGGUGAGAUUUUAAGUGGACAGGGACUUAAUCAAGAAACGACCCUUCAGCGCUCUGGUGAUACACGAUGGAGUUCACAUUAUAAUUCUUUGAUCAGCUUGCUUGCCAUGUUCUCUUCAGAUGUACUUGCAACGAUUGUUGAAGAUGAAUCUUGUUCUUGUGAUCAAAGAUCUGAUGCAACAAAUUUAUUGGAGUUGAUACAAAAAUUUGAUUUUGCAUUUAAUCUACAGUUGAUAAGAAAUGUCUUGGGGAUGUCAAAUGAACUGUCAAAGGCAUUGCAAAGGAAAGAUCAAGAUAUUGUGAAUGCAAUGCAAUUGGUGAGAUUGUGCAAACAACGACUCCAAAUAAUGAGAGACGAAGGGUGGGACUCUUUUUUGGAAGAAGUAUGUUCUUUUUGUCAACAACAUUACAUUCAUAUACCCAACAUGAAUGAUAUGUUUGUACGCCUUGCACUUCGUGGUCGCCCUCAGCGUAAUUCUCCAGAAAUUACAAAUUUACAUCAUUACCGAGUAGAUUUGUUCUAUUCUGUCAUCGAUUUACAACUUCAAGAAUUGAAUGAUCGUUUCUCAGAGGUAAAUACAGAGUUACUCCUUUGUGUAGCUUGUUUAUGUCCUCAAGAUUCAUUUUCUUCUUUUGACAAGAAAAGCUUGAUUAGACUUGCUGAGUUUUAUCCAUUAGAUUUCUCUUCAGUGGAUGUCAUUGUACUGAACGAUCAGCUUGAGACUUAUAUUUUUGACAUGCUUUCUAACAAAGAGUUUGAAGGGUUGAAUGAUCUUGGUGAUCUUGCGAAGAAGUUAGUUCUGAAAAAGAAAGAUAGAGUUUAUCCUUUGGUUUACAGACUUUUGACUUUGGCAUUGAUUUUACCGGUUGCUACCGCUACUGUGGAGAGAGUCUUUUCUGCAAUGAGUAUUGUAAAGGAUAGAUUGCGCAAUCGGAUGGGUGAUCAGUGGAUGAAUGAUAGCACAAUUGUUUAUGUAGAUAAAGAUAUAUUUUUGAAACUUGAUAAUGAAGUUAUUGUACGACGAUAUCAAAAUAUGAGAACUCGCAAAGAACAAAUUUAA